AUGAGGCAGUACACCAUCACGGGGGGACUACGCUAUAUUACAACUGAAAUUGAAGGAGGUCGUCAAGUGUUAUCGCUCGCUGUGGACUGUAUUGCUGACUACAUCAUAUGGCAUGAAGUAAUGCAUGCAAUUGGAUUUGAGCACGAACACCAACGUCCUGACAGGGACAAUUUCAUUCGGGUUGAGUACAGCAACGUGCAAAUUGGACAACUCGUGAAUUUUGAAAAACUCGCUGCUUAUGAGGUGGACUAUAAUGACGUCUACGACUAUAAGUCAAUAAUGCACUAUGAUUCAUUUGCAUUUGGAAGAAGAGAUUCAAAAACAAACGUCAGACUCGCCACUAUGUUCCCACUUAAGGUUUGA